GUAGACUGAGUGCGACCCAGCAGGAAGGCAGGGAGGGCGGAGAGGAGGCCACCCACCAUGGCGCUGGGCUUGGAGCAGGCCGAGGAGCAGCGGCUGUACCAGCAGACGCUCCUGCAGGACGGGCUGAAGGACAUGCUGGACCACGGCAAGUUCCUCGACUGUGUGGUGCGGGUGGGCGAGCGCGAGUUCCCGUGCCACCGCCUGGUACUGGCUGCCUGCAGCCCCUACUUCCGGGCGCGCUUCCUGGCCGAGCCUGAGAGCGCAGGCGAGCUGCGCCUAGAGGAGGUGUCCCCUGACGUGGUGGCCCAGGUGCUCCACUAUCUGUACACUUCAGAGAUCGCGCUGGACGAGGCGAGUGUGCAGGACCUGUUCGCUGCGGCGCACCGCUUCCAGAUCCCUUCUAUCUUCACCAUCUGCGUGUCCUUCUUGCAGAAGCGCCUGUGCCUGGCCAACUGCCUGGCGGUCUUCCGCCUCGGCCUCCUGCUCGACUGCGCGCGCCUCGCCGUGUCCGCCCGCGACUUCAUCUGCGCGCGCUUCUCUCUGGUGGCCCGCGACGCCGACUUCCUAGGGCUCUCGGCAGACGAGCUCAUUGCCAUCAUCUCCAGCGAUGGCCUCAACGUAGAGAAGGAGGAAGCCGUGUUCGAAGCGGUGAUGCGAUGGGCAAGCAGCGGUGACGCCGAGGCACAAGCCGAGCGCCAGCGCGCACUGCCCACGGUCUUCGAGAGCGUGCGCUUCCGCUUGCUGCCACGCGCCUUCCUAGAGAGCCGCGUGGAGCGCCACCCUCUCGUGCGUGCCCAGCCGGAGCUGCUGCGCAAGGUGCAGAUGGUGAAAGAUGCCCACGAGGGCCGCAUCACUGUGCUGCGCAAGAAGAAGAAGGAGAAGGGGAAGGAGUCGGCUGGGGCCAAGGCCACUGACAAGGGCACAACCGAAGCCAAGGCGGAGGAGGAAGAGGAGGCAGAGCGCGUCCUACCCGGAAUCCUCAAUGACACCCUGCGCUUUGGCAUGUUCCUGCAGGACCUCAUCUUCAUGAUCAGUGAGGAGGGCGCCGUGGCCUAUGACCCGGCAGCCAACGAGUGCUACUGUGCCUCCCUCUCGACCCAGAUCCCCAAGAACCAUGUCAGCCUAGUGACCAAAGAGAACCAGAUCUUCGUGGCUGGAGGCCUUUUCUACAAUGAGGACAACAAAGAGGACCCCAUGAGCGCUUACUUCUUGCAGUUUGACCACCUGGACUCAGAAUGGCUGGGGAUGCCGCCGCUGCCCUCGCCGCGCUGCCUCUUCGGCUUGGGAGAGGCUCUUAACUCCAUCUACGUGGUCGGCGGCAGAGAGCUCAAGGACGAUGAGCAAAGCCUGGACUCGGUCAUGUGCUACGACCGACUGUCGUUCAAAUGGGGCGAAUCGGACCCGCUGCCCUAUGCCGUGUACGGACACUCUGUGCUCUCUCAUAUGGACCUAGUCUACGUCAUUGGCGGGAAAGGCAGCAAUAGGAAGUGCCUGAACAAGAUGUCGGUCUACGACCCUAAGAAGUUCGAGUGGAGGGAGCUGGCGCCCAUGAAGACUCCCCGCUCACUCUUCGGGGCCACCAUCCAUGACGGCCGCAUUUUUGUAGCUGCUGGUGUCACAGACACAGGGCUGACCAGCUCAGCCGAGGUGUACAGCAUUGCAGACAACAAGUGGGCACCCUUUGAGGCCUUCCCACAGGAGCGCAGCUCACUCAGCCUGGUCAGCCUGGCGGGUACCCUCUAUGCCAUCGGUGGCUUUGCCACUCUGGAGACUGAGUCCGGAGAGCUGGUUCCCACAGAGCUCAAUGACAUCUGGAGAUACAAUGAGGAAGAGAAGAAGUGGGAAGGGGUCCUCCGGGAGAUCGCCUACGCUGCUGGCGCCACCUUCCUACCUGUGCGACUCAACGUGUUACGCCUGACCAAGCUGUGACCAGCCCAGAGGGCCUGAAUGUGCCCUGUCCCCCAUGCUGCAGACCACAGAGGCCUGGCCUUCUGGGUGGGGACUCCAGGGAGGAGUCCCUGGCAGAGGAGUUUGGCAGAGGCAGAGCCCACCUGGAUCCCAACCUGUCAUGGUGCCCCAGAGACUGCUUCAUCUGGGAAAGGGAAAUUGCUGCCCAGUGCUGGGGCUUCAGGCAGGGAUAAGAAACUUUCGGCCUCUCCAGUGUCUCAUAUCCCCCAAUGUUCUUGGUCCACGAGGCAGAAGCUCACGGGGUGUCAGGCUGCGCCCUGGUUCAGCCCCAGUCUGGCUGUGUGCUGGUAAAUGCCCCACAGGACUCAGCCUCCUUGCCUGUCAGGUGGGGAGCGACCCCAUCGAGUGCCUUGCAGCCUGAGUAACUCUCCUGUGAGAAGAAUAAAGUGCCUUCCGAGCAAGCA